GUAAUAUGGGUACCCGCGGGUUACCCGCAAAUACCCGUUUGGGUAAUGUGGGUACCCGUUAUACCCAUUUACCAGAAAUAGCCCACAGCCCAACACCCCAACCCAAUUCACUAAUUCAGAAAUGUGGCAUUGGGCAUUGGCCAUUUCGGCCCUUACCCUUAGUCGGCCCUUACCCUGCCUGACUACCUAUUCCUUUUCGGCUUUCACUUAACUGCGAGACAGUCAGACAGCGAGAGUGUGAGACAGCGUCCUCCACCCAGCGCCAGCUCAGCGACAGGCCGACAACGAGAUUCUGGACUCUAAUUACUAGUUAGGUUUGUUAUCUAUUUAGGUAUGCAGUUGCCAUUCUCUUUUCUUUUCUACUUAUAGUACAUAUUCUGGACUCUAAUUACAAGUUAGGUUUGUUAUGCUAAUUACUAAUUAUGUUUCUAAUUUCCAGCAUCUGUCUAUUUGGUUUAUGUUGAUUUGGUUUAUAGUUUCCAUGGCUAAUCAAGGGAAUGAAGCCAGUCAAGGGAAUGAAACUUUGGGUAUUUAUGGGUAUUAUGGGUACCCGUUAUCCGUCCCGUACGGGUAAUGGGUACCCGUUUCCCAUAUGGGUUUGGGACAUGGGAAGGACUUUGGCCUCCAAAUGGGACUGGGUACCCGUUUAAAACGGGACGGGUAUCCCGUCCCGUCCCGUUGCCCACCCCUAAUUGCAGGAGGUGCAAAUUGGUGGUGGGUGUAAGUGGAGACAUAAAUUGUUGUUUGGAUGAAAAAAAUAGAAUGGAAAGUGAGUAAUUAUAUUAUUAUAAAAUAAAUUUAUCAAAUUUAUAAAUUAUUAUAAGAAAAUAACAAAAUAAAUUUACAUUAAUAAAAUAAUUAUUAUAUAAUAAUGCUCAAGUAAUAAUUAAUUAUAACAACUAUAAUAAUCACUGAUCGAACGACCUCCAAACUCGAUGUCCAACUCGUAACUGGUCAUUCUACAUGGUUCUCGUGUAUAAUUUAACUUUUAAUUGAAUAUGGCCAAACUUAGUCAAACACGGUCGGAUCUGUAAGUUUUAACUAUAGAGUCAAGUAAACCGAGUCAACCAAACCAUUACUUGUUACAUUUUCCAUAAGCAUUUCUUAUCUCUUAUUUCCAAUGCAAAUUCGAGUCAACCAAAAGAUCUCGAUUUGACUAGACGAACAUUGAUAAACUUGCUUUUGGAGUCAAACACUCAACCCCGAACAUAUCUACAUUAAUGAUAAUCAUAAGAAAUAAAUUGAUAAUAUUAAUUAUUAUAUAAUUAGAAAAAUAAUUUCCCUUCUCUCCCCCUCCUCCAUUCUUCCUUCCUUCCCUUACACCCCCAAUUUUGGGGUAAGCCGGAACAAUAACUUUGCACCCCAUUUAGCACCCCCGCUAUUAGUUACAAAUUAACCAAACGGGUGCAAAUGUAUUAAAAACUGUGCUUACCCCUCCCAUUUGCACCUCUUCCCAAACAGAGUGUUAAGAAAAUUUUCCCAAUAUACCACCUAAAAACUAAAAAAAUUCAAAAAUAUCAUUCUUUCCCAAAAACAUUCAUCACAAGGACCGCAGCCCCCAUGGCAGUUUAGGCGAGGACCGUCGAGGGGUGCUGCGAUUUCCAUUCUUUUCCAUAAACAUUCAUCACAAUGACCGCAACCCCAUGGCGGUUUAGGCGAGGACCGUCGGGGGGUGCUGCGAUUUCCAUUCUUUCCCAAAAACAUUCAUCACAAGGACCGCAGCCCCCAUGGCGGUUUAGGCAAGGACCGCCGGGGGGUGCUGCGAUUUCCGUUCUUGCCGCCUAUAGACCGCGUGGGGUGGCUGCAGUCAGAUCGAUCGUGCACCACCUCUGCGAUCUAGGCCAAACCGUCACACCCCCCUACGUUCCGCUCCAAAUAUGUUUUUUUUAUGAAUGCCUAACCUCCGAAACUUCAAACAAACGUAACUUUGUACUCGGUUAUCCGAUCGUAACUUUGUACUCGGUUAAGUGAAACACAGGGAAGGCUGAAAACACGGGCAAAACCAAAACACGGGUAGCAAACACGAUCGUGUUUUGGUAAGCUACAUGGUUAAUUGCCAAAUUCGAGCAUUUUGAAACAGAUCCGACUUUUGGGAGUAAAAACAUAGCUCUCAAGGGAAAAAAUGACGAAGAACAAAAUCUUAUAACUGAUUUGAGUUGAGAUACCACCAUUGAAGCUUGGAUUUCACCUCUUGGAGAGCAAAUCGGCAUCCCAGAGCAUCUUAUACACAUCUCCAUGAGUAUGUCUGCUUUGAUUUUGGUUUUCUCUCUCUGUAUGGAGUAAACCUCCUUCUCACUGGGACAUGAAGAACCCUAGUUCCAUGUAUUAGAAUCCUUCUUGUAUGGACCUUUGGAUGUUAAACUGAUUGGGUUUACUCAAUUGAGGCAUGAUUAUUUUAGUCAAUUGAAUUUUGAUUACAUUCUCUUAAUUUCUGCUUUAACUUAGAAUCGAUAGAAUCUAAUUGGGUUAAGGGAACUUCUUCAAUCGUAAGUAGUGAAUCGAUUGUGCGAGAGUCAAUCGAUUCAUUACUUUAUCCUGGGAUUCAUUCUAGUAGAGGACAAGUUGAUCACCCUCAUACCACUCAUUAGAAGUUGGAUUGGGUUGGUUUUCAAUUGUGGUCACGGAGCACAUGAGGUGUUGACGACAUGGCUAAUGAGACGACGGUGAUAACGAAAGAGUGGCUGAAGUUUAGUCUUCCACAAAAGAUAGUUCAUCGAUAGUCCGGUUACACACGAGCUACCUCGUGUUGUCAGUGAGUCUUGUAAUUUUUAUUUUCCCCAUGUUGGAUCAACAUGUCGGGUCCUAAUUUGGUAGGUCUAGAACGAUUUGUUGUGUUAGCUAUUGAUGUUGGGCCAUGGAGAUACUUUAAUCUCCGGGUGGAGUAAAGCCCACUCCACAUUUCUGCUAUGUUGAUGGAUGAAGCUGUAAAAGUAAAAGGCAGAGUGAUUAAUUAUAUAUAAAUAAAAUAAAACGGUAGAACGGUGUCGUAUUAGGCGGAGCGCAUUCCUGGAACUGCUGGUCACAACUCUUACCUCGCAUGGAGGGAAGGAGCCGCCGGCGCCGGGAGAUUUGAGAGAGAGAGAGAACCAACUAACCAAGGGACCAUUGCCUGCUUUAGCUGUUAGUUUCCGCAGCUUGCUUGUUGGGUUGCCGCGUCUUUCACCGUCGCGUUGUGAAGAGUAACUGUGGAAGAGCAGAUAGGGAAAGCUGAACUGGUCGGCAGGAGAGCUCCCCUGCUACCCUUUUCAUCGGCUUCUUACCAUCUCCGUCUACUGUAACGUUGUGAAGUCUCAUCCUUUUCCGGUAAUUUGAAUGACAUUCCAUUUAUAUAUUUUUUGUUUGGAGUCGUCCAUGUUGGGAGUGAUUGAGAGUAGGGUUCCCUGUUGAAGUUUGGAUUGAUGAGCGAGUGAGACUGAUUGGAUAGUGAUGGAAGUUGGGUUGUUUCGGUCUCUUAGUAAUUAAAUGGUGUCUGCAGUUGUUCUUCAGUGUUGACAGUUUUCCGACUUUGCUAUCCAUCCAAACCGUGAAUCAACAAGGGGUGGUUCUCAGUUGAAUUCAGUAUUUGUUGGCAUCGAUUGGUUACUGGAAAUGCUCAUGUUUCGUGGAAGGGUAAUUUUAUUUGUGAUCAAUCAAGCUGAGCUGUAUACUCGGAAGUCGCGAUGCUCUAGCCUUAAGGCUAAAUGCCACCAAUGUUUUAGGUGGAGUCUAGGUAGCUAUCUUAGGUUUGUUUCCUCCUGUCUUGUGCACCAUCAUUGAGAUUGCUGGUUACCUAAGUAUCGACCAAGUCGCAACUCUUUUUCCUUGGUUUUUGGCCCGAUACAAAAGUUCUUUUUGUUUACUUUUUCUAAUUGCAUUGAGUGGCACAAUCACUGAUCAAGAAGGGUUUCAGUAACAUCAGUUUAAUCAUCAUUUAUGGCACAGGUCGAUCAAACAGCAUUUUGGCUGGUGAACCAGGUUCCAGUCUCAUUAGAACGCUUUAGGGUGCCUGGUUGUGAAAAGGGAUGGAGCAGCCUCGUUGCAAGUUCUGGCUGCCCAAAAAGAAACGAUUUUGUGCAGUUCUCCCUUUCAAGGAUUCUCCGUUUUGUGGAAAUCACAUGGUGAGGUCUGAUGGCCAAUGGAUUCCCUGCCCAAUCGACCAAUCUCAUUCCGUUCUUACAGAAAAUCUUGAAAGUCACGUAAAGAGAUGCCCUUUCAUGAAGCAAGCACGGACCUUGUCCCUCCAGCCAUAUUAUUGCAAGGGAAUCAAUGCUGGAAAAGAAGAAGUAGAGGAAGGGGAAGAUGAUGUUUCUUCUGAAAUGAAGAGGCAUGCUGUUUAUAGAAUGAGUAUAGCUGAAUUUUACAAAUUAAUUGAAAAGGUUCAACAUGUUCAUGCGUCAAUAUGUGAUGAUAUACGGGAAUCCUAUAAGAUGCCAGAAGCUUGUAAUAUGUGGAUUAACAGAGAGAUAGACAGCAAAAUGCCAUUUCAAGAGAAACAUGUCGUACAGCAAGCAUCAAUUCUAGGAAACCUGGAGGAUUCUGGGCUACUAAAGAGUUUUCAUGGGAAAAAGAAAGAUCAAAGGGAAAGGACAGAGCAGGAUGAUAGCCAACAUGUCUCUGCAGUUGUUGAAUUUGGAGCAGGAAGAGGCUAUUUAACUCAGAUGCUAGCAGAUUGUUACGGCAUCAGAAAAGUUUUUCUUGUUGAGAGGAAGUCAUAUAAACUUAAGGCUGACCGAUCUUUGCGACAAAAAGAGAGCUUGUCAUUAGAGCGAUUAAGAAUUGAUAUUGAAGACUUGAACCUGAAAGCUGUUGAGUCUUUACAUGGAGUUUACUAUCUAGCUAUUGGGAAGCAUCUCUGCGGGCCAGCAACUGAUUUGACGCUGAGAUGUUGCGUACCUGAACGAGUCAGCAAGAUUGCCCCAGAAUGUGGGGGUGAAAAACCGUACCUUGAGGGCUUUGCUAUAGCAACAUGUUGCCAUCAUCUCUGCCAGUGGAAGCAUUACAUAAAUAAAGAAUUCAUGCUCGGCCUGGGAAUUUCCAAAGAAGAGUUUCACGCAAUCACCUGGUUCACCAGUUGGGCAGUCGAUGGUGAUCAUGGAGCAGAAGUUUCGGACAGUGGAUUGCAUCUGCAGCUCAGCGAGAAAGAUGAGGAAUAUGCUACAGAUGCAGCAGCGGGUGUGGAAGGUGUUGUGAGAAGCAUGCAAGCAGUUGAAAGAGCUGCGCUGGGUUUCAUGUGCAAGCAGAUCAUUGAUAAAGGAAGGAUGGCAUGGGGAAGCCGAAAUGGCCUGGAGGCUCGUCUGGUUAAGUACGUAGCACCCACCAUCUCUCCUGAAAACCAUUUACUGAUGGCCAAGCGCAUCAUUUGAAUGUACCCAAAAAGGUACUUCUUUUCCUCUCCCCUUUUCUUAGCUCAGUGAGACAUUAGCCAUUCCCCCCUUGCGGGUUUAAUCAAAUACCUCAUUUCUGUGAGUAAAAUUACCCAAAAAGUGUAAAAAAACUAGCUUUAACUUCUUAAACCUUGUAUUACAGAGAAGUGAGGCCGCCAUUAAAAUGGGGGAAGCAGGAGGUGCAAUCUUUUUCAGUAGAACUUGGGUUUGACUACUCUCUCGUCUCUGCCAUUGGUGGGUGGCGGCUGCCUUGUGCUCCAAGCUGCGGUAGGUGAGGCGAUGAAAUUUCAUUACUCGGAACUGACAGCAGUGGGAAGAAGCUCCAUCACGCCUUGUAGACGUUGUAGUCAAGUCCUUUUUGGGUGUCUUUGGCUACAGCAUCUUUAUCCUCUCGACUGAGACAGACAUCGUUUUGGCAUUGCUUUCCCUCUUGUUUCAAUUGUUCUUUUCAUACCAGUUGGCUAGUCAAAUCGCAUGAUACGAUCCCAUUCCCAUUGAUGAAUAAUUGAUGAACCAACAUUUCAACGUUAGUCAUUAAGCCUCCAUAAUAAAAGAAUUGAUAGUCUGUCACAGUAUCUAAUUACCCAAAAUGGCAACUUAACUACGGGUUUCCCAAACUAGCGACUUUAGUACGGAAUUCACCUUUCCAUUGGGUGAACCAAGUAAUGGGUUUAGACCAAGGUUGUCAACCCGCGGGUCGGGUUGACCCACUUUAACCUUGACCCGGUGAGAAAAACGGGCCGCAUGCACCCGCUGGGUCGACCGCCACAAGGUACCGGGUUGGAGGUCAAAUUGUGUCAUUUUUUUCUUUGUUUUGCGAAAUGCGCCUAUUUUCUGAUUUUUCUUUUCGCCUAACUCAAUCUUUGGAAUCCUAAAUUGAACAUUUGAAUUAGGGGUGGGCAACGGGAAACGGGUAUUUGGGUAUACCCGUACCCGUCCCGUUUUUUAAGGGUUAUGGGUACCAAUAUUACCCGUACUAUUAUAAACGGAUGGGACUUGGGAUUGUACAUUCCUAAUAUGGGUACCCGCGGGUUACCCGCAAAUACCCGUUUGGGUAAUGUGGGUAACCGUUUUACCCACUUGCGAACUCUAAUCCAUAGAAAGGGAAUGUCCACUUCGCCACAAAGAUGAAACUUUUCUUAGUAAAGAAACAAAGAACGC